AUGGCCACCGCGGCUGAGGUGCUCAAGUCGCACACGCCGGUGGAGACGGUGGGCGGCGACGACGAGAGCCUCGACGAGGCUGCGGGUGCCAACUACCAGAUUGAGAUGAUGCGCUGCCUGCGCGAGGUCAAUGUUGACAACAACACUGUGGGGUGGUACCAGUCGUCGUCGUUCGGCACCUACCAAACAACAGAGAUGAUCGAGACGUUUGUGUCUUACCACGAGAGCAUCAAAAAGUGCGUGUGCCUGGUGUACGACCCGCAGCGCAGCGCGCGGGGGCAGCUGGCGCUCAAGGCGGUGCGGCUCAAGGACGCGUUCAUCGCCCACUUUAAGGAGCAGAAGCUGACAGGCAAGGACCUGCGUGAGGCUGGCAUCGGGUGGCGCGACGUCUUCGUGGAGGUGCCCAUCCGCAUCCACAACAGCAGCCUGGCCCAGGCGCUCGUGGCCGACCUGGACCCGGCGCCGCGCGUGACGGCGCCGGACCUGGAGCGGCUGGACCUCGGCGGCGCGGCGUACCUGACCAAGACGAUGGCGCAGCUGAUCGAGGGCGUGGACGACGUGCUGUCCGAGGCGCAGAAGGUGUCGCUCUACCACCGCAAUCUCUCGCGCCAGCAGCAGCACAUGGCGCAGUGGCUGGUCAAGCGGCGCCAGGAGAACGCGGCGCGGCGCGCGGCGGGCGAGGAGCCGCUGCCGGAGGAGGACCCGGCGGCGUUCAAGCCGGUGCCGGAGCCGCCGGUGCUGGAGCAGUACCUGACGGUCAACCAGCUCGCGGCCGGCUGCGAGCGCGCGGCGGCGGCGUGCCAGGCGGGGAUGAGCAAGCUGUACGUGAUGCAGGCGCUGCAGAAGGCGGGGCAGCAGCGGCAGGCGGCAUGA